GUACACAUAUCUUUACCCAAUUGAGGGAAACUGAUCAAUCCCAUUCUCCACUUUCACCAAUCUCAUGAAAACAACAAAAAAGAAAGAGAAAGAGAAAGAGAAAGAGAAGUUUUCCCAAAUUCCAAUUUUCCUAUAAAAUGCCAAUAUUAAUUUAACUCAACAACACAACCAUUUUCACUCUCCUCACGAGACUCAAAGUUCAAACCUUUGCAAAAAUCCUCAAGAAAAACUCAAACCCCAUCGGAAAUGGCCAUUAAUCAAGUUGUCCUACAACUUCUAGCCUUAUCACUUCUAGUCCUAAUACUCAUAGUCCAGAGUUCUGCGGCGACGCCACCACCAACGGCAGCUCUAUCGCCAGCAGCAAGUGAGUACUUAGAAGCCCACAACAGAGCAAGAGCAGAGGUGGGUGUGGAGCCUCUGCAAUGGAGUCAAAAUCUGGCGAAUCUUACAGAUCGACUGGCUCGAUUCCAACGCAACCAAAAGGGGUGUGGGUUCGCGGAGCUGAGCGGCAGUCGGUACGGAGGAAAUCAGAUGUGGGUGAGUGGACGUGUACUGACGCCGCGGGAGGCGGUGGAGGAGUGGGUUAAAGAGAAGGCGUUUUACAAUCAUACGAGUAAUACGUGUGUUGGGGAUCACCAUUGUGGAGUUUAUACUCAGGUGGUGUGGCGGAAGUCGAAGGAGGUGGGUUGUGGUCAGGCUACUUGCCGGAAAGAAGGGAUUAGUUUGACCAUUUGUUUCUAUAACCCACCCGGCAAUGUCAUCGGUGAAAGUCCUUUUUAGAUAAAGAGGUUUCUUCCUUUUCUUUUUCUAAGAAAAAAAAAUGUCAAAGGUAAGAUAAUGUAAUGUGACGUUGUUUUAAUAAAUGCCUUUGUUUGUGUGUUA